UAAGAGUCCCCUGGCUUGUAAUAGGGUGCCGAUAUUAAGAAUAUCUGUAAUAAUUUAUACGGAGCUGACACCUAAGAUCAGACACACAGGGGCAUAGUGGGAUCAUGUCUGUGGCCUUUGCUUCAGCCAGACCCAGAGGGAAAGGAGAGGUCACCCAGCAAACUAUACAGAAGAUGCUUGAUGAGAACCACCACCUCAUACAGUGUAUAAUGGAUUAUCAAAGCAAGGGGAAGACAGCAGAGUGUACACAAUAUCAGCAGAUCCUGCACAGAAACUUGGUGUAUCUGGCAACUAUAGCGGACUCCAAUCAGAACAUGCAGUCUCUGCUUCCUGCGCCACCAACACAGAACAUUAAUCUGGGCCCAGGAGGGAUGAGCCAAACAGGCCCCAGUCAGAGCCUCCACUCCCAGGGCAAUCUGAGUGACGCGCUGGGUGCCAGCCUUCCACCCUCUUCCCUCAUGCAGAGUCAGAUCAGUAAUGGGCCCAACCAUGUGUCCAUGCAGCAGUCUGGUCAGACAACUAUGCCCACAACGAGCAUGAGCAUGGCAGUGAGCUCCCAUGGCACAGCUCCUGGGUAUAGCCACACUGUGCCCAGCUCUCAGAAUGUGCCAAUGCAGAGUCAGGGCAGUAUAGGCAACUAUGUUUCAAGAGCUAAUAUGAACAUGCCCACUAACCCAGUGUCCAUGAUGCACCAGCAAGCUGCCACUUCCCAUUACACCACGGCACAAGGAGGAGGUCAGCAUUAUCAAGGCCAGUCAUCGAUUUCUUUAAUGAACCAGACUAACCAAGGAAGCAGCAUGAUGGGCCAGAGGCCUUUGGGACCAUACAGAUCAGCACAGCAAGGUUCUGCCCAGCAAUAUCUGGGUCAGGAGGAGUAUUACAGCGAGCAGUAUGCACACAGCCAGGGUUCCUCUGACUCUAUGAGCCAGCAGUAUUACACAGAUGGACAUGGGGACUACACUUACCAACAAUCUUCGUACGGUGAGCAGAGCUACGACAGAACAUUCGAUGACUCCUCACAGCAUUACUAUGAAGGAGGAAAUACACAAUACAGCCAGCAGCAGAGUGGAUACCAACAGGGAACUGGCCAGCAACAAGCAUAUUCCCAGCAACAACAAUACUCAAAUCAACAGAACUAUCCUGGGCAGCAACAGCAGGGCUAUGUUCCAGCACAGGGCUCCUCCUCACAGUAUUCCAGCUACCAGCAAGGCCAGAGCCAGCCAUACUCCAGCUACCGGGCACCCCAGACGGCAGCUUCUGCCCAGCAACAAAGGCCUUAUGGCUAUGAGCAGGGUCAGUAUGGAAAUUACCAGCAAUAACCCUGCAACAUCUGUGCCCCUGGUCUAAGCUAGCAGGACUGUCAAUAAUACUUGCCUGAACUCCUUGCCGCACUUAAUGAUUCCAAAAUGGAGGAAAAGGAGCAAUUAAACCAACCUAGACUCUCUCCAUGGAAUGAAUAUGACACCUGGUCUAGUCAAAGGAAGAACUAAAAGUUCAAUGUUUUGUCCAUUCAUUGUUAUCUGUCAUGCUACCAUAGCGAGUGCUAAAUACAAAGUAUGGUUUCCCGGUGAAGGUGGUACAUGCUACACCAGUGAUGUAUCCAGACUGUAAUGGGACAAGACUACGCCCUAAUACAAAAUGCACAGAUGUGCUUUGCAGCAGAUCAGAAUUGCUGAAUGGUUGAACAGUAUGUGGCUGUCUCAUUCUGUGUAAGGGGAUUAGGAAAGGUCACAUGCACAAUUGCUUGUACACGGAAGAGGCAGCCAUUUUGUGAGCUUAACCAGUAUUUAUAAGUAAUCAGCCUAUGUUUUUACUUGGAACUAGUGACAUCACUGAGAAAGCCAGCUUACUAAGAAUCAGUGGCUACACACUCUGCCUUCCAUCUAUUCACUGGCUGCCUCAACUGUGUAUAAGUGACUGGUGCACUUCAACAGCAGUAAUAAAAUGAUGGUGGUAUAAUAGACAUUGGAAUCCGCAUGUAGACAAAAUGUUUUGAAUGGCUUGAAAGGGCCACUAAACAUAAAAUGCAAAUAGUUUCAGUAUUAAAAAGGCAUCUUAUAAGAUUCACAUGCAAUAUAGUUCAAAUGAAACAGGGUUUAACAUAUUGAUUACGUAUAACAUGGUUUUUUGUUUUUUUUUCAGUUUCCCUAACAGAAAUUCUGUUGUGCAUAGUAGACAUAAUUAUUUUGCCUUUUAAAUUAUUGACGCUUUUAGUCUAAAGCCAAGAUCGCCAGAAUCGCUCUGCUUCUGAAAACGCUGGCCUUAUUACAUAACCCCUAUACAGUUGCCAGUGUGUUUAUCAAUUGUUUGAUCUGUGGUUCACUUGGUGACGAUAUGCCGUAUGUGCAAAUCUGUUGAUAAUGUAAGUGGUAUUAAGCUUUUCCUAUUCGUUUUAAUAGCACGUGGGAUUUCCAGUUUGUGCACUACAUGUAGAAACGCUGUUGGAUGAAUGACCAAUAAAUACAGCAAAUAAAUAAUUCAAAAAUACUGACAGAUUGCACCCACCUCAAAAAUUCUUCAACCAAACUUUUUUGCUCGACAAUUCAAGAGGUUCUUACUUAUACAAUGAGAAUGGGGUUCAACUGCUUUAGUGAAACUGUCUGAGGGAUACAGUUCUCACUACAACAGGUUAGCAACCAGCAUAGUGGAAACCAUUCCCAGGCUGGAUAGUUCAGGGGUGUAUUGGGUAAAGGGUCCUACCAUAAGUGUAUCUACUGUAUAAUGCAGUGAUUGCAGUGCACACAGGCCCCUGUGCCCAAGGGGGCCAACACCACACAACCUGCACCUAUGUUUAAUUACUUACCUCUCCGGAGUCCUGCAGCGGCCAUUUUCCUGGUGAUUCACGCAUGCGCAAUAGAGAUCUGUCACCAGGAACAUGACAGGUGCCAUGUUUUCAUAAUCUACUGUACUGCAGAGAGGAUUGAGGGCCCCCGCCUUUCUUAAAUCGCCCCUGGGCCCUGCAAAUACUGCAUAUUCAUGACUCUUAUAAGAUGCCUUGUCAUAUUGGAUCAUUUUGUGUGUCCCCAACAGUGGACAGUACAUGUGUUCUAAUCAAAAAAGCCUUGCUGACACAUUCAAAGGGAUUUCUCUUCUUGUGCAGAGUUCUGGGAGGUAGUGGGGUGUUUCUUUGUGUGCCCAUCAUAGUGGUGUUGCUCAGCCAAUGUUCAGAAGAUGAGAGAGUCCAGCAGUGCUUUCUCUGCCACCAUGCGAGAAUAGAAAUGGUUUUGAUAUGUGCUGGUGUUGUAUGACCAUUAGAGGGCAGAAGUUCACAGGUCUUAUGUUAUUUGUCUUAUUCACGUUUCAUUUGAAAUAGAGUAAUUUAAAAAGUAUUGUCUUUAUGAGUGAGGUGUUCACUGCACUGUCUGGGUUUGAUUGUGUGCUUAUUUAUUGUUUGAAGUAUAAUUUAACUUUUUGAGAAGCAAGAGUCUUUGUAUAUCUGUCCUGAUUUCUAUGUUUAUUUAGUACUGCUUUACUCAUGGGAGAUGUACAGUAUGUAUGCUUUUCAGUGGUUGUAGAGGGAAGUCUGGUUUUGCUAAUUCUAUAAUGCCACACGUUACACUUAAAAGAGAGGUAGCAAGAUAUAUAUUGUAGUAAUACAUGUUCAGCUUGAGUGUUGCCAACUGGGUGUCUAUACGUAUAUACAAUAUAUAGAUAUAGAUAUGGAAAACAGCAUUCCAAGUUGUGAUUCUAACAACAAAGAGUUUAUUUACAAUAUUUGAAAUAUACAGCAACGUUUCGGGCAGCCGUGCCCUUUUUCAGCUCCAUAGCUUAUGCUGCAUCUACUAUAUUUUGGCACUGUUGAUAAAACAUUGGGGGUAAUUCCAAGUUGAUCGCAGCAGGAAUUUUGUUAGCAGUUGGGCAAAACCAUGUGCACUGCAGGGGAGGCAGAUAUAACAUGUGCAGAGAGAGUUAGAUUUGGGUGGGUUAUUUUGUUUCUGUGCAGGGUAAAUACUGGCUGCUUUAUUUUUACACUGCAAAUUAGAUUGCAGAUUGAACACGCCACACCCAAAUCUAACUCUCUCUGCACAUGUUAAAUCUGCCUCCCCGGCAGUGCACAUUGGGGGUAAUUCCAAGUUGAUCGCAGCAGGAUUUUUGAUAGCAACUGGGCAAAACCAUGUGCACUGCAGGGGAGGCAGAUAUAACAUGUGCAGAAAGAGUUAGAUUUGGGUGGGUUAUUUUAUGUCUGUGCAGGGUAAAUACUGGCUACUUUAUUUUUACACUGCAAAUUAGAUUGCAGAUUGUACACACCACACCCAAAUCUAACUCUCUCUGCACAUGUUAUAUCUGCCUCCCCUGCAGUGCACAU